GCCUCCCUCGAAAUUACCCUGUUUUUCCCUCUUUUUCUCCUCUACUUAUACGAAUUUGGAACCAGAACAUUAGUUGUGGAGUUGUUGCGCAUGAAUUUGCAACAGGAGUAGAGACAAGGAUUCCUAUUAAUAGCGUAGUGGAGUCCAAAAAGUACAGUGUAGGAAGAUAUUUAUUAAUUAUGAACGUUGAAUGCUGCAGUGAAUAAGCAAGCUGAUCAAGCGUGAGGAGUAAUGGGGAGCAGAUUCUGCUCUGUUUGCUCUGUCGCGAUUAUGAUUGUUGUGAUCAUUGGCCUGGAACAAAAUGUUGCGGGAAAAGAUAAAAUGGCUGAACAGAGAAAGGCUCUGCUGGCUCUCAAAGCCGGCUUUGUGGAUUCUUCUGUCCGUUUGCAGGACUGGAGUGAGGCUGAAAAUAGUUCGCCCUGCUCAUGGACUGGAGUCUCAUGUGACCCUGGGCUUAGUAAAGUUGUCGCUUUGGAUCUCUCCAACAUGAACUUGACGGGCAAUGUAUCUGAAAGUAUUCAGGGGCUGAGGCACCUUUUGGAGUUAAAUAUUAGUAGGAAUCUCUUCAGCGAUGUUUUACCUGCGGCCGUCUUUAAUCUCACUGAGAUUCGAACCCUGGACAUCAGCCACAACGAUUUCAAUGGCGAUCUUCCAAGGGGAAUUUCAAAGCUGAAGAAUCUGGUGAUAUUUAACGCUUUCAGCAACAGUUUUAGCGGGCCGUUGCCUGUGGAGCUGGCUGAGCUUAGGCUUUUGGAGGAGGUAAAUCUGGCCGGGAGUUAUUUUGAGGGUUCCAUUCCCGCCGAAUAUGGGGAUUUUAGCAGUAAUUUGAAGUUUUUGCACUUGGCCGGGAAUUCGAUCACGGGACCUAUCCCGCUGGAGCUUGGGAGGUUGCAGAGUCUGCGGCAUAUGGAGAUCGGCUAUAAUUCAUAUUCAGGCGGAAUUCCGCCGGAGCUCGGGAACAUGACGGAGCUGGAGUACUUGGACAUCGCUGGUGCUAAUCUUUCUGGUGUCCUGCCACAAGAACUGGGCAAGCUGUCGAAGCUGAAUUCCAUGUUCAUCUUCAGAAACAAUUUGAGCGGGUUUAUCCCUCUACAAUUUGGCAACAUGACGAGUAUGCAAUCGCUAGAUUUGUCGGAUAAUCUUCUCUCCGGCCCCAUUCCGGAGACCUUCACUAAACUAAAGAACUUGAGUUUGCUCAGCCUCAUGUACAAUAGCUUGAGCGGGACGGUGCCAGAAGGAAUAGCAGAGCUGCCAAAUUUAGAGACGCUUCUGAUAUGGAACAAUUACUUUUCAGGGAAGCUGCCACAGCAUCUUGGAAAGUACUCCAACCUCAUGUUCCUAGAUGUCUCCACCAACAAUUUGACGGGACCCUUACCGCCGGAUCUUUGCGCUGGCGGUGAGCUUUUCAAACUCAUUCUCUUCUCCAACAGAUUUUCAGGCGAGCUCCCUUCGGGCCUGGCAAGCUGUCAGUCUUUGUGGCGCUUGCGCAUCCACAACAAUGCCUUCACUGGUCCGAUUCCUCAGGGUUUUGGUUUGCUGCCCAAUUUAACGUUCGUGGAUCUUUCUAUGAACAAUUUCACGGGAGGAAUUGAUGCAGGAUUCCCCGGGAAGAAGCUGACAUAUUUAAAUAUUUCGCACAAUCCUCUGAGAGGGAGACUUCCGGCCAAAUUCUGGUCUUCGCCAUCACUGCAAACUUUCUCUGCAUCCUCUGCAAACCUGUCCGGAAACAUGCCUCCCUUCAUUGCCUGCGAUUCGCUCAGCAUUUUGGAAUUACAAGACAACUCUUUUUCCGGCAGCAUUCCGACUAACAUAAUGCGCUGCCAUAAAUUGAAGGCCGUAGAUCUGAGUCACAACGAGCUGACGGGGCUCAUCCCUUCUCAACUCGCCAGAAUCGCAGCCAUAAAUAACAUUGAUCUCUCCCACAACUCUCUUGCCGGCACGAUUCCCGCCGACUUCAAUAACUGUACCAGCUUACGAUACUUCAAUGUCUCUUUCAAUGAUCUUUCCGGUCCCGUGCCCUCGGAGGGGAUUUUCCGACAGAUAAACGCCGGAGCUUUCACCGGUAACCAUUUCCUGUGCGGCGGCGUACUGGCGACCCCAUGUUUAAAUAUGACAUUCUAUAGAACCCCUGGCUCUCCCGGGGAUUCGAACCAGAUGCAUGCCAAAGCAAAACCUGGGGCAAUUGUAUGGGUUAUGGGAGCAGGAUUUGCAGUGUGUUUGUUCAUUGUUAUUGUGGGCGGCCAUUGUUUUUACAAGCGCUACAAAGCAGGGAAAUACAGAUAUAGUGCUAGAGAGAGGCAGGGUGAACCCUACAAUGAGGAGGGGGCAGGUCCAGGGCAGGCCCCAUGGAAGAUGAUUUCUUUUGGGCGCCUUAGCUUCACUGUAGAGGAUGUUUUGAAGGCCACUAAGAACUCCAAUAUAAUUGGAAUGGGCUCCUCUGGCCUUUCAACUUCUGGAGUGACUGAGAGCGAACCACUUUCAAUUGUGUACAAAGCACAGAUGCUUGGCGGUGAUGUCAUAGCUGUGAAGAAGUUGAGGAUUUUCAACACAAAAUUGAAAGAAACAGCAAUGCAGGAAAUUAAUAGUCUGGGCAAUCUGCGGAAUAAGAAUAUACUGAGACCGCUGGGUUUCUGUUACAGCAAUGAAAAUACUAGCCUAUUGCUUCUCUAUGAAUUUAUGCCCAAUGGUAACCUGGGUGAUUUGACUAAUAACAGGAAGGGUGAUUUUGGGUGGGUGAGCAGAUAUGAAAUUGUUGAGGGAAUGUCUCAUGGGCUGAGCUAUCUGCACCAUGACUGUAAUCCUGUGGUUGUGCAUGGAGAUGUGAAGCCAACCAAUGUACUAAUGGAUGGUCACAUGGAGGCUCGGAUGGCUGAUUUUGGCUUAGCCAAAAUCAUGCAGAGGGAAGCCACCAUGUGCUCCAACGCCUACACUGCACCAGAAUAUGCCUCUACGCAACGCUUUGAUGAGAAAACAGAUAUCUACAGCUUUGGGGUGAUUCUUUGGGAGCUCUUGACAGGCAGGAGACCUGUAGAUUCCAAUGGCAUCCCCAUUGCUGACUGGGCUCGCAGCAAAUGCACUGAGAUACACAACACCAAAGGGUCUGUAAUGGACAUUUUAGACAAAAAUAUGAGCUCUGUGAAGGAACAGCAGGCAAUGCUAUUACUGCAUGUAGCCUUGCUCUGCACUAACAAACACCCAUCUGAUCGUCCAUCCAUGAAAGAUGUAGUUAACAUGCUCUCUGAAAAAAAGCCACUCAGACAAACAGUUAUGGACUUUCACUGCUCAUCACAAGGAAGCACUUCAACCUCCAAAUAAUCAUAUGAAACGAAGAUAUAUCAGUAGAUCGUAUGUACAUUGUCGUUAUUUUACUCAUGGUUCUGAUUAAUCUACAUGAAAAUAAUAUUAUGUAAAUCUGAUAUGUUAAGAGAUUUUAUUUACUUUUCAUACCUUUACAGAAUAUUCAAAUUCUGGCUCUUAGGUGAGUGUAAGUCAAAUGCAUUUCAACAAAAGAUGAAGAUAGUGUCAUAUAAAGGCUAUGCUUGUAUUGUAAUCAGAGAAUUCAUGGCCUUCA